UCAAAUACAAUGAGAUUUUUGGUCACCUGUUGUACCAGACAAGCCUCCAAGGCUCCAACUCAUUCCUCGCCUGUCUGAAAAAACCUCAAACGCCACGGCAUCUCGGUGAACCAAGCUGAUCAGGUUGAUUAGAGGUCUUUGACUUUGAAUACAAGAACAGAGUAGAAGCUAUUGGAUGAACAUAACAAGUAUGCAAAUUUUCAGUUCAUAAAUUUCUAAUAGAAAAGGAAAAUUUUAUUUUCCAAUUGAGGUUGUUAGUGUUUGUAAAAGAACAUGCUGCGAUGAAAAGAGUUCAAAUCUUUAAAACCCUUAGGGUUUAAGGCAGAUUGUUAAAUUUACUUUCCGUUCUGGGGAUCUGUUUUUCCCUUAUAAUGAUUGAGGGAAUCAAACUGUUCUUGUUCAUAGUAGGAGUUGGAAACCUCCACUUUUAGUGAUUUUCUGAAUUGAUACUUUAGUUGUGGAUUGUUUACCCUUUGCUCCUAAUGACAAAUUUCGAGUACUUUCUUCCUCUACAGUAUUAUCUGAUGCUGUUUUGUUAGAUUUUAUGAAACAUAAUAGAUUGUAGAUUCUACAAAUGUCAUCAAUAUCAGAAAAGAGCAUGCUACCCUCGAGGUUUCUCUUCGGCCUAAUUAUAGUUUCUUUGUUCGUUUUGAUAUUUUCUUCCUUGCUCCUUCUUCAAGUCAGUGACAAUUCUUUCAUACCCAGAUCAGUUUUUAACUUGAUUCCUGUUAAUAGCACAUCCAUCAACUCCAAACCUAAUGCUAGAAGUGAACAAAUUAAGCCUCUUUUCAUUUCUUCUGAGGCUCCACCGGAGCAUACUAGACGACCCAUGAGAAGCCAAGAGGUGGCUGGUAGGAAUUCCAAUUCCAGCAAUAAAUUGGGUGCCUAUAAAAGGAGGGCAUGUGACUCGAAUCAAGCUCUACUAAGGGUAUAUAUGUAUGACUUGCCUCCUGAAUUUCACUUCGGGUUGUUGGGUUGGAAGGGAAGUGCAGACCGAACAUGGCCAGAUAUCAGUAACCCAAGCCAAAUCCCUCCAUACCCAGGUGGGCUAAAUCUACAGCAUAGUGCGGAGUACUGGCUCGUCCUUGAUAUUCUAUUAUCAGAUACUCCAAAUGUGAUUAGACCUUGCAGCGCAAUCCGGGUGCAUAAUUCAAGUCAGGCAGAUAUAAUUUUCGUUCCAUUCUUCUCAUCUCUGAGUUACAACAGACAUUCUAAGAUUUUAGAGAAGGAGAAAGUUAGUUUUGACAAGAUAUUGCAGGAUAAAUUGGUGGAGUUCUUGAUGGGUCGGGAUGAAUGGAGGCGGUUAAAUGGGAAGGAUCAUCUAAUAGUAGCCCACCAUCCAAAUAGCAUGUUGACUGCAAGAAGGAAGCUGGGCUCUGCCAUGUUCGUGCUUGCAGAUUUUGGCAGAUACCCAGUUGAAAUUGCAAACCUUCAAAAGGAUAUAAUCGCUCCUUACAAACAUGUCGUCAGGACUGUUGCCGCUAGCAACUCAGCUCCAUUUGAAGGGCGUCCUAUAGUGGUGUUUUUCCAGGGAGCAAUUUAUAGGAAGGAUGGUGGAGCAAUUCGUCAAGAACUAUACUAUCUUCUCAAAGAUGAGAAGGAUGUCCACUUUGCAUUUGGAAGUGUUCGAGAUCAUGGGAUCAAUCAUGCAGGCCGAGGGAUGGCAUCUUCCAAAUUUUGCCUGAAUAUUGCUGGGGACACCCCCUCCUCUAAUCGCCUCUUUGAUGCCAUUGCUAGCCAUUGUGUUCCUGUAAUAAUUAGUGAUGAUAUUGAACUACCAUUCGAAGAUAUCUUAGAUUACUCAGAGUUCUGCAUAUUUGUUCGUUCUUCAGAUGCAGUAAAAAAGGAUUUCCUACUGAAUCUUCUUAGGGGAAUCAAGCGAGACAAGUGGACCAAAAUGUGGGAAAGACUGAAGCAGAUAGUAGAACACUUUGAAUAUCGGUAUCCAUCUCGGCCUAGUGAUGCUGUGAAUAUGAUUUGGGAAGCAAUUUCACGCAAGUUAUCUUCGAUUCAAUUUAAAGAGCACAGGAAGAACAGAUACCGCAGAUCUCAACUUAAAGGAGAGACCAGUUGAAUUUACAAACACCCACUUGAAAGAUCAAUAUUUGUUUUGCCCUCAAAUUUUAUGAAGAUUAUCAGGAUAGGUUGUGUGGGCUCUUCAGUGAAGGUGAAGUUCUGAUAACGCUAUGUAUAUGCCUUUGGUCUGUUACCUUUUUCAUGCAUUUUGUUAUUUAAACCUUUAUUGCAGUUAAUACAGUUUUAUGGUUUCAUACAUUUCUAUCUAUAUAUAGGUUGGCUUAUCCUA